AGGAGAGCCAAGUAACUCAGCAAGCUCCAUGGCGGUGCAGGGAGGGGGAGCUAUAUAUAAAACAGGUGUUGGGAUUUGGCUUUGAAGACCUUCCACAUGAAUUCGAUGUAGUGAUAAAAAUCACUACAGAAUUUGAAGGGAGGCGCCCUCCGUGGGAAGCUCAGCGGGUUUCUCUCAUCUCCUCGGUGUCCGAACAUGGUGCGGACCAGAGCAGACACCCUCCCGGGCACCUACCGAAAAGUGGUGGCUGCUCGAGCCCCCAGGAAGGUGCUUGGUUCCUCCACCUCUGCUGCUAAUUUCUCUUCGCCUUCUUCUAGAAAAGCUGAAAAUAAGUAUGCAGGAGGGAAUCCAGUUUGUGUGCGCCCAACUCCCAAAUGGCAAAAAGGAAUUGGAGAAUUCUUCAGACUGUCCCCUAAAGAUUCUGAAAAAGAGAAUCGGAUUCCUGAAGAGGCAGGAUGCAGUGGUUUAGGAAAAGGAAAGAGAAAAGUACAUCCUUUGCCACCUGAUGACACAGAUGACGAAAAAGAAUAGAACUUUCUUAUUCAUCCUUGUCUAAUGUCUCCUGUUUACUCUGGUAUUCAAGGAUGUAAAUUUGCAUAAAUGUAUUUGUUCCAGUUAGCUUUGUUGAGUAGGCUUUUAAUUAAAAAUGAGGGUUACAUAUAGUUAUUCAAAAGCAACUAGUUAUGAUAUUGGAAGAUUUACGAGAUAAUUAUGGUUACUUCUUAAUAUUCAAUCUAAUGCAAUAUUUGGUUUAUUUUACCUGUUAUUAAAUUUUUUAUUCUUGCUAAAAAGAAAUCACUUCAUGUUGUAAACAACAAAUCUGCUGUUUUUGAGAUUUGCUUAGAUUUUUGUACUGCUACCAUUUUUAUUGGCAUUAGAUUUUUUGGGAUGGUGCCAUAUUUUCGUUCCUUUUAUUUGAUUUAAAGAGCAGAGUUGGAUUUGUACACAUUAAAAAAAAUCAGUAUUAAUUAAACCACACCUGUAUCCGUUUUAAGACUGGGAGCCAAUGUUGAAAAAAAUUUUGUGGCAAUCUGUGUUCUCCAUAGGAAAAAAGUAAGGGCAAUUUGAUCCUGAGAGUUUCGGUCAGGAAGAUUUCAUAGACUACAUUAAAAGAGAAGAAUUUUCUUAGAAUGUGCAUUUGAUUUGGUAUCAUAAAAUAGUGCUCUCUGGAAAUCAAUAAAUCAUGAAAGACAUGCCAUAAAUCCAGAGCUAUGUCUAAAGUUCUUAGAGCUACCUUUAUAUUUUUCAAGAUAACAGGGUUAUAAUUGAAGAGGUGGGUGUAAUAUAACUUAGUAACUAAUUCUUGCUUCCUCAUCACUUUUUUUUUUUUUGCUGACAUCUGUUGUCAAAAUUAACCAUGUUUUAACAGAUAAGUUUUUCUGAAGUUUGUUUUUAAUAAAUGAAUACUUACUUUCACAAGAAAUUAUAUGCAUUUGUGUGCUUCGUAAGAGUCUACUAGAUAUUUCUGUUUUAUUUCUUCCAAAUACAAAUCUGUGCAUUGUUCUGAUUUUAUCCCCUUCCACACUGAGUCUUGAUGACUCUUGAUUACAUUUUUUUUUGUCUUAGAGGUUGAUAUUAAACAGAAUGUUACUGAAUUUCAAGUAGAAUUUUAUUUUAAGUACUUCCUUGAUAAUUAGGCUUCUUUUUAAGAGAAGUUCAAAUCAACUCUUAUUAAAGUCAAGUAUUGAUGGGUCUGAAACCUGAUUUGUUAUUUUUCACUGAUGGAGAAACUUUUUGGUGGUGUGUCUCAUGAAGUAUAAUUUUGAUAGUAAAAUUUUUU